GCACUUGACUCAUACUGCCCAGACUUGCAGCGAUGUCAUCGAAUACGUCGCCAGAUUUUUGAAUGUAAGAUACGACUGUGGCUUUCGACAGGUAAUCGUAGAGAGUGGAGAUGACAAAGUUCAGCGCACACAGACGUUGCGUUGCAGGAUCGCUCGAGUGAUAACCACGAGGCAAGAACAGCACUUAGCAUGAUGUUUGUCACAGAUCCUGCUAUAAAAAUACUACAGGAACGAUGCGAUCAGACAUAUCAAUCCGUAGCAAUCGCCACAUACGCCUCGGUCGACAACAACAAAAGGGAAACAAGUUUCUCUCGCAUCAACUUAUUGCAGCUCUUGAUGACUCGAGGGCCACUACAUCAACAGGCCAGACGAAAACAUGGAUCUUUACACCUGGAUUUCACCGGUCGUUCCUAUUGCCUAUCUCUCGACUGCAAGCUUGGCGUUCUAUGUUCUCUUGAACCUUCCUCAGCAUCUCAGGAGUACAUGCUUUCCCAUCUUCGUCAUGCCUGCGUGGCGUGCUUUUGCAACAUUCAAAUAUUUCACAUGGCCCGCUUCGCUGGACGGUAUCUGGGGACUCGCAGUUCUGAUAUGGAUGGCCAACAUCAUAUCGUUGUUGUACAUCGACAAGAUUACGGUGCAGAGUAAUACCAGGAAGCAGUGGGACAUCAAAGCUGCUUAUAAGCUUCUCUUUGAUGUGCGGCACCUUGACAAAUUCCGACCCACCUUUUCUACUCCCGAAAAACCUAUUUGUGGAAGGCCCCUGAUCGUUUUCGCGGCAACUCAACUGUUUAGACUCUUUGUCUACUGGCAGGCCACAGUACACCUGUUCACUCCAAUCAUACCCCUUCUCUUUGGCCCUGUCGAACCGUGGGAGUUUGAUCAGUACGCCCAGAUCUACUUCCGCCGAUUGCCAUUGUUCGAAGCAAGUGAACCUGUCACCUUACGCGAGACUUAUAUCCGUAUCGUCUUCACCUUCCGUUGGAUUUGGCUCAGCUUCGUCGACGUUGAUGCCGCGCACACUUUUUUGAGCAUCAUCUUCGUUGGAGUGCUAGGGCUUGAUUCCCCUGAAGAGUGGCCAUCGAUGUUUGGAAGUCCUCUGGAAGCAUAUACCCUUCGUCGCUACUGGGGUAGAUUCUGGCAUCGUCUGGUACACAAGCCUUACUUGAGUAUCGCAAAACUUCUUGCAAGCAAAUUGCACAUCGGCAGUCUUGGUCCAAGAUCGGAGAAGACUUUUCUUGCCUUGCUUGUCUUCCUCAUCUCUGGAGUCGCUCAUGCUAUGGUCUCCUUGCAGAGAGGAAAGCCUACAGAGGCCAUUGACGACAUGGCAUUCUACUGUAUCAACUUUCUCGUAAUAGCGAUAGAGGGCAUGGCUUUGUAUCUUCUUCGACCGAUACGUCGACUUCUGCCUCGAUGGCUCUGUAGGACGACUGGAUACAUCUGGGUCUUGACGUUCUGGUUCUGGGCAGCACCAAAAUGGUCAUACCCUGAGGUGCACGGCGAGAUGCUCAGAGAAAUUGAGAGGAAGAACAGAGCACAGGGACUCGGGAUUUUUGGCAGUCUAUUGAGUGGAAAGUAGAUGUUCAGCACCUUGACAUUCGUGCAAUUUUGUAUAUAGUCAUGAUAGACGACGAGCAUAUUUGACAUAAAUUACAACUUCUGAAUUUUCUCAUCAC